CAUUCCACGCCGCGUUAAUUCAGCUGAAAAUUCGCUAUAAACAAUCGCCAGUCCGCUGUGAACGCGAUUCACCGGAGAACGAAAAAUUGCUGAUUGUGUAUAUAUGUUUUUCCACGGGAUCCCAGUGUUGCCGGUUUAAUUAGGGAGAUUGCUUGUCCCGCGUAUAUAUCACGCGAUAUAAUACUGUAUCUACAAUGCCGGGUGUUUAUUUACUGCUGGAGAUUCUUAUGGGAAUUAGCGCCGUUGCCGCGCAAAGUGGGACGCAAUCCACGCAGUAUCUGCAGCAGAAGAGCGGCGUCCUCACUUCCCCGUUCUACCCGCAGAAGAUCGUGCAGGCGCGCUACCGCUGGGUCAUUCAGGCGCCCAACGCCAAGUCGAUAAUGCUGAAAAUGGACGAUCUGGACAUCCCGGAUCUGCUGUCGGCGUCCUGCCAGCAGAGCUACCUCAUCGCCUACGACGCGCGCACCGUCUCGCCCAACGGCCGCAUCUGCUCCUACAAAGGCCCCACCAACAACAUGGGGAAGCUGCGUUUCUGUAACCGCGCGCCGGCGCCGAACGUGGUGAGCGUGAAGACGGACAUGCUGGUGCUGGAGUACUGCACCGGCCUGCGCGCGGGGCGGGGCUUCAUCCUGACCUACGACGCCGAACAAAACACCCCGCUCGGCCCGGUGACCACGCAGCCGCCGCCGCAGGUGGCCACGCCCCUCAACCCGCUGGCCGCCUUCUGCUCCAUGGAUCCCUCGCGGCAGGAUUACUGCGGCUGUGGAAAAGCGGCAAUCGCUCCCAUCGCCACACGCAUUAUCGGCGGAAAGGAAGCCCGUCCGCACUCGUGGCCGUGGGUGGUGCAUCUGAAGCGCAACUACGGCCAGCAGUUCCACGGCGUCUGCGGCGGGGCGCUCGUCGACCCCACCACCGUCAUCACCGCCGCCCACUGCAUCGACGGGCAACUGGAUCCGCGCGCCUACCUGAUCCGCGUGGGAGAACACAGCCGGCAGUUAACGGAGACCUUCGAAGAGGAUAUCGCAGUCAUCGAGGUCAUCAUGCAUCCGGCCUACCAGCGCUGGGACAACGACAACGACAUCGCCAUCGUCAAGCUGGCCAAGGACGUGGCGCUGCGCAACGAAAUCAACACACUGUGCAUCCCGCCGGCCAACCGCGAGCCGCUGGACAACACGCAGGCCACCGUCGUCGGCUGGGGCGAGACGGCGCCGCAGCCGGCGUCGCUCCGCAGUGCCGCCGGACAGGCCAAUACGUCGCGGUUGGUGGGGAAUGUGAGCAGUGACGUGCUGGUGCUGCCGAUCGUGUUCGGCGGAUGGAACAACAACAGCCGCAUCGAGGUGCGCAUCGCCGCCACGACACUACUGCAGGUGAACGUGCCGAUCAUCAGCCGGGCUGUGUGUCAGGGCGCCGACUACUACAGCUACCAGAUAACCGACAACAUGAUCUGCGCCGGCUAUCCGCAGGGCGAGAUGGAUGCCUGCAAGGGCGACAGUGGUGGGCCGUUGGUGCAGAAACGCAACGGACGGUUUGAGCUGAUUGGGGUGGUCAGCUGGGGAGAAGGAUGCGGACUGCCGAAGAAGCCGGGUGUGUACACCGACGUGGCCAACUAUAUUCCCUGGAUCCAGCAGCACUCCACCGCUAAGCCGCAAGAUUUUUAAUAAAAAACUGACAACCCUGUAACCAGUUUGCUUUGCUUCUGACGGCAUUGUACGUUUGGGCUUUCUGUACACAAUUUGAUGGUGACGCUCUGUUUCUUCGUUAUUUGGCUUGCCAACGCAGCUGUACGCAGCUGCAUCCACAGAUCUAGUCCAGAGAAAUAAUUAAAAAUAUAUUUACUGCAAUAA